UUGAAAAACAAAAAAUGGUGGACCGUUCAAAGUGUGCCAAUUUUAAUCAAUUUUUUCACUUAAUUUUCACGGUUAUCUUAAUCAUAUUUUGGUUAACAUAAAUAUGAUGAAUAGAAAUAAUUCGAAGACUAGCUGUCCGCGGACUCCAGCGCCGCUCAGGAACACUAGCUUCCUGAUGUCUGCCGCUGCCAUCCUGGAGACACCGACACUGCUGAAGAAAUCUUCCACAGUUUCUUCUUCAUCUGAAAUCAGUGUUACUACAUCCGGUCAUGAGUUUAACCCUCCGUCAGCUGCUUCGUCUGCAGCCAUGCAAUUCCUCAUGCUAAACCAGCAGUUUCAGGUUGCCACUAAUAAUGCUACCCCUUACCGUCCUAGAGGCGAACUUCAACAAUCUAACUUCGCAGCAAACAGUUCCUAUUUCAAUAUGCCAUCGCCCUUCGUACCACCUAGCAGUACCACAAUGGAACCAAACAGCGUGCGUACCAUGCAAACAAUUAGUAACGCAGAAGGCAGCUUUAAAAGAAAAUCGACUGAAGCACACACCAACAAACCAGCGAAACGGGUCGCCUUUGAACCGCUUCCUUUAAACCCAAACUCCAAGCAAUGGCAAAACCGAAACCUUCCUGCAAUCACAUAUGGUUCAUCAUCAAAGCAAGCUGUGAAGGCCCCGAACGAAGCGGCUAAAAAAGAUCCGAAACAGCUUCGGCUCAUAACCGGGUCGAUCGAGUACAUCAUCAAAAUGACCAAACUCCUGCCGGACUACGGAUCGGCACUGUUGGAAAUCUACGCCAAUGUACUGAGCAUCAAGGAGGGCACCUAUCAGAGCGAGAAAGUUUUGCUGCUGCGGAACCGUACCGGUCCGGUAAUGCAAGGCGUAUUCUACGAGAUCGACUUCCGGAUGACGGCGAUCGCUACGGGCGAUUUGGUGCGCUGCGUGGGUCGGCUUAACGGUGGAAGCCGUUUGCAGAUUUUGAAGAUUACGCCGGCGAGCGUGGAGGAUGAACAGAUGGGCGCCCGGUUACAAACUGUUAGCGGUUUUGCUGCCACCGUUAAGCGGUGAAUGAAGCGAGUGAGUACUGAACCUAUUAUUGUUUUAUUGUAUAUCAGAAUAAUUCAGAGAAAAGGAUACUGGCAGUGUACCUGCAAUGCCUCCUUCUGAUUUUCAUUAAUAAUUACCUGCCAAUAAAUAAAUAAUAAAUACUUUUGAAUAACAAAAAGAUUAAGUUUCGUGUUGAUUCGAUAAUUUUACAUAAAAUUUAAGAUCAAUCAAACUGUAAGCAGUGUAACAAUGGUCCAUAAGCUAACUAAAUUCACCAGAAAUUUUUUUUCCUGAAAAAAUAUUGCUCCAAUCUUGAGUUGCAAUAGAAUGCAAACUUCGAAAAUUGUAAGAAUCUUAAAUAAAUCGUUCAUUUAUUUAAUCAUAACAA